CGCUCGAGUAAAGGAUACGUGACGUUCGUAGAAUUUUGUGCGCGCGGAUAGACAAUACUCUUUAAAAAAAAUAGUUUGUCCCAAAUAAAAACGACUAUCAAAGUCCUUAAGCUUGAAAAAUAGAAAACAGUGUGACAGUGAAACAUAUUUCGGCUUUGAUAAUUGAAAUAGGAGGCAAUUGAUAUCGGUUUUGGUGAUUCAAAAAAAAAGAGAGGUCUCAUAUUUAGAAGAGGCUCAAACAGUGUUAGAGUGUCAGUGAUCUGAUAUCCAAAAAUACAGAGUGUUGGUUUGUGCCAAUUUUAUUUUUUUCGGUGAUAAGGUGAAAAGGAUACGUAUGCACUUUCCCACCACCUGUGAUUGAGGCUUACAACACUCAAUCAAUCAAACACCAGAGACGGAGAUGGAGACGGAGUGAGGUCGCCGUGCUGCUAUCAUCACCAAGGCUGCAAAACCCAUCAACAAAGGCAGGGAGACAAAAAUAAAAAUAAGAAAAUCACUUUUCCUCGUAUGGACUUCAUUUUCCUUUGUACGAGUAUCCGCACUCUUAAGUAGCCGUCCUCAACAAAACGGAAAUAAAUCGUCAAGCAAUGAUAAUAAUUUUCAUAUCACUCUGCAGCCAUGUUGGAUAAUGCAAUCAAACGAGCACCAUAAUUAAAUUUUUCGCAUCGGCAGAGAGCAGUGGCAGCAUCAUCAUCGUUAUCGUUGUGUCGUCGUUGUCGUUGUCAUCGUCGUCGUUGUUGACGUCGUUGGGGUGAAAGUAUUUUUACGGAUAUCACACACAGCUCAGUCACAGAUGUGCGAGGUCUUUUGUGGCGACACAAAUCUUCGAUAGUGCCAUUAAUAGCUACAUUUCACUUUGGUUUCAACUGCCCCACCACAGCCAUCCGCUCGCACUUCGUCGAAUUUAAACCAACAAAAUAAAACCGACUUUAAAGUGUGCCUGUGUUGUCUCCCACCGAGAGAUGAUAGAACGAUGAUAAUGAAGUUGGCAGUGAAUCAUUUAGCCAAGACCAUGGCUCCCGAUACAUCAGCUUCAACAGCUUUGACUCGAAGGAGCAUCAGCGUGCGUGAUCCCAACAAUGAUGACAAGUGCCAGUGGGCAUCAACCACUUCCAUCGACACACAUCAGGAACCAACUUCAAGUCUCCUCCAGCAACAGAAACAGCAAGUGACAAGCCCCCCAUCUGUGUGAAAUGCAUAUCCGCCAGCUCCAACUGACAAUUGAAAAUGAUGGAUCAACAGAGGGAGACACAAAACCAGCAGCAGCAGCAACGCAGCAGCCAUCAUCGGCGCCCACCUGACGUUGAGGAGGCCCUCUCCUCGAUGCUAUGGACCCCUUACGAACGGACACCAACAGAGAGCUCCUCGGACGAUGACGACGAACGCCUAAACAGGAAGUUGAGGAAAUCCCAGAGCAGCCACGACUACUACCAGUAUGGCGGACUGACCCUCGCUCCACCAGCGGCUAUAAUGCCGUACUUCGGGUCCAACGACCCGAUUACACCUUUCGUGCCUUUAUCUAAUCAACAUGACAGUGUUAGAAAUAAUAAUAAUAUCAAUAACAGUAGCAGUAGUAUUUUAAGUUAUAGCGGUACCAGCAUUAACAACAAUGGCGGUGUUGGCGGCGGCAGCGGUACGGAUUACUUUCGAAAGACCGACCGGUGCGACAACUUUCGAUUCAGCUAUCCUUACUAUGGCCCGAUUCCUAGUCUCAACAAAUGCCUGAGUGUGGAGCCCCCGUCGUAUGAUUCGUUGUACACAAAAUCUAAGGAUGCAACGCGAGUGCUGAGCAACUUGGUGACUGUGUCAGCGACUCCAGCAAGUGGCUACUUGCGGACGGCGGCGGCGUAUGCUGCUGGUAGUGGAUGUGAACCGAUUGAGCUGAAUGCGAGCUGUGGCCGGAUGGUUCAUUCGUUUACUGACAACUUUGUGAUAGAGUGUAAUUCAUCAUCAUCGCCAUCGGUCUCAUCGUCAACAUCUUCGACGACUAGUGUAGCCCACCAUCAGCAACAAAACACUCCGCAACAGUACAACAACGAAAUGUCUAGCAACAUUACAACUUGUAGUAACAAUAACAUUCCCCUACCGAUCACUUGUGACGUCAGUCCCUUGACGACGAAUGAAGACAAAAACAAAGUUGAAGACAACGAGCACAAAGCAAACGGAGAACAAAAACAAACCGAGGUCAAUCAACUGACUCCAGCAACACCAAUGGACCAUCAGCAACAACAGAAACAACAACAACAACACUAUCAACAACAUUCAGCAGCAGCAAAGAUCCCCAACGACAUCGCCAUAACCAACAUUAGCAAACAGCAAUAUGAUGAUGAAGAAGAAGAGCAAGAAGAAAAACAACCACAAAAGCAACCCAAACAAGUUUCAACAACACUGCAACACGAAACACGAACGUCGGAUAAUGAGGGAAUGACAGAGAGAUCGCACUUGGGUGAACCGAGUGAAGUCAGUUCAUUGAGUACUUUCGUCGCGAACGGUCUUGGAGUAAUUGCUUGUCGGUCAUUGUCAUUUACAGUCACAACAACAACCACUGCUGCAACAACUGUAUCAAACUCGUCAUCGUCUCCCAGAGGGUUAAAGGUGAAAAACGGCGGCGGUGGUAGAAAUCCGAAAUCACGCCAUGUGCAAUUAGCCGAUAUCGAUCCUCCUCCGCAUUGUGGUGGUGAUGGUGAAAACCACGAAAUAAUUGUUAAUGAUCUUAGUUCGAGUCGAAGUUAUAGUUUUAGUGGAAGUGCUGAAGACAUCGUAGCUUUAGCGAUGCGUCUUAAUAUUCCCGCAACUGGGACAGAUGCACCUCCAGCUUCAGCGAGUGCAUCUCAAAGUCAGAAUCUUUACACCAAUAAUAACCGUGGUGGCAAAAACGUGUCUGUUACAACGAGUAGUGUGUUUUUAUCGAAUUCAAUAAGUGCACAUCACCCCAAAGGCAAUAUCAACAACAACAAUAAUGUUGCAAUUUUGUCGAGUAGAAGUGCCCCAAGUCUAACUAUUCAAGUAAAUGAUAGUUGCAUCAAUAAUGUAAGAAGCAACAACAACAAUAGCCCCAAUACUGCCAGUCAUGGCGAUUUCGUUGUUAACCAAUCGAUCGCGAAUAACGGAAUCAGUGUCGUCAAUUGCACCUACGCCAAUAGUGUUGGCGUUGGCGUUGGUGAAGGAAGUGUGAUUAAUAGCAAAAAUAGUAGCAGUAGUUCAGUGCCUAAAAGUAGUAAAAUCCAUGAUGUAAAUAAAAUAAAUAAUAAUAAUAAUAAUCUAACGGAUAUACAAUGUUCUACGUCAUCAUCAACAACCGGGACAACAAAUGGAUUACAACAACCCCACCUGUCACCAACGAGAACAUUCACGUCAACCGAAUGUCAAACGGAUGACAUUCCCAUUUUGAUAAGAGAUGAUGUUAAUGGCGGUGGCUCCGGUGGUGGUUCUAGUGGACCACCACCGCACACUGUCAUUGCGACAAGUGCCAUUAAUGGUGGUCAUAUAGGGGGCGUUGAUGGCAACAGUGCACUUGUUCGUUCCCCUUUGCAUCCGGAUGCUUUAUUAUCGCGUGAACAAAGACGUCGCGAACGUCGUGAACGUCGGCAACAACAACAACAGCAUGUCCAACAACAACAGCAGAUGCAACAACACCAACGUUUAAGUCGACAUCAUUCGCACUCACAUCCGCCUUCGCAACAACCUCCCCUAUUGCAACAUCCUGCGCAUCAUACAAUGUCGGCGGCAGCAGCAGCUAUGCUGCGGCCAAUGCUGCCGGACAUUCUGCAUAGUCAUUUCCCUCCUCCAUAUAGUGCGUUGCCCCUAUCGCAGGGUGCACCGCCUCCUCCACCGCCACUGCCGCCACAUGCAGCGUCUCUUAUCACACCGGUUAUAUCGACGGUUCCUAUUGCGGCCACAGCGACGAUGGUUGGUGACGGAAGGUUUUCGAUACCCCUGCCCAUAAUAAGAAGAUCACCUUCAGAACGAUCGGGGAAAGGAUGCUGUGGUCAAUGGUUUGCUGGGCCGCCAUUACGUGCAUUAAUUGCUGUAGUUGCGCUGGGUGGUGUGGCAUGCGCUCUUGGGGGUGCUGCUCUGGGGGCGACAGGAUUGGCUGGUCCGCCAUCAUCACAUUUAACAGCAGCGUUGUUAAUGAUCGGUGUAGGUGUAGUCCUUGUAACAGUUAGUGGUGCUGCAUGGCGUUUGACAGCACCAGGUGGUCCGCCUUGCUUGGGAUUAGGUUCCAGUGUUGACCUCGGACGUUGUGGUCGAAGGCCAUGCAGUCGCGGCGGUGGUGCACCACAUGGCCUUUUGUAUCCUGAAUUUCAACAUAGACCACCACCGCCAUCGUAUCAGGCCAGUAUGCAGGAAUAUCGGCUCAGACUUUUGCUUCUGGACCGUGACAGACAGAAUGGAGUUGUGCGAGGAAGUUCACCACCACCAACAUAUCGAUCUCAUACAGGAAGUCUCUUAAGAGCACCUCUAACCACAACAAUACGUGGUGGUGGUGGUCCUGGCUCUGAAUACAGUCUGCCACCCAGUUACCGCUCCAGAAAUGCCACUCCAGCUAUAAUCUCAUGUGAAAGAAGCAUUGAAACCGCACCAUCUGGUCGCCUUCUAGCAAACGAGGAUAUUCCUGAAUCAUCUCUGUGUACAAUAUCUUCAAACCUCGACUCUUCGCUUCCAGCGUACAAUGCAAUUAUUAGUGAGAAUUUGCAUCAGCAGCAAACCCAUCAGCAGCAAAAUUUUUCAUUAUCAAGGAAUUCCCAAGAGGCUUCUGUGCCAGAGAACAACAAUCCGUCGGAUAGGAAGGAUAAUGCCACAACUGUUACGACGACAACGGCGACGGUGGUGGCGACGGGCAACAGCAAGAUGGUUCCUCAAAAACAAAUUACACCAUCAGCGCUUGGCAACGAUGGCCAUCAGUCAUCGUCAAACUCCAAAGAAUAUCCUUCAUCUGGGGACCGCACUUCAUUAUCGCUCCUCCACAACAGCAGCCCUAAUGGCAGUGGUGCACAGUCAAACCACCCACGAGAGCAGUUGCUGCAACUAAGUGAAAAACUCAAUCCCAGAGUUUUAGCAAACAGUACUGGUGGCGGUGCAAACAACCGAAACCCAACAAUCGGGUUUCUUAACAUUCACUCAGCAAAGUCCUCACAAACACCUGACUCUUCAAUGACAACUGGCAAGACCAAGGAUCUUGUCACAAUUGUCACAAUAUCAGCACAGGACCACACCUCAAAUCUUCAGCACAACAGUAUGCAGCUUUCUUCGCCAGCUUCGCAGGGUGAAAUGGAUAUUUUGGCGCAUCUGUAGCAAAUGGUUAAGUUUACUUUUUAGUCCUUUGAGUAUCCUUUUCGGACUGAAGCAUGAUUUACGUGUUAUUCGUUUUACGUUAUCCGUUUUCGAUUUACUUUGUCAACGAAUUUUUAUUAUUUCUGUCUUAGUUUUAAAAAUAUUGUUGGUUUUAUCUAACGCGUAACUGUGUACUAUUUUUAUUUAUGUAUCAUAUGAAAGUGUUGAGUGUUCGUAAAGCAGUCACCACUGAUUCACCCAAAGCUAUUUAAUAUUUAUGUAAUAAUUUUAUGGUUCAUUAAUUUUCGUUUCUUUGUAAAUUUUAAAAAUUAAUAACAAACAAAUUUGUAUAAAAUAAAUAAAAUAUAAUUGUAUAAAAAUAAACUAUUAAUUUAAGAAAUAAGUUAAAUUCUAUACAAAUCCUCGAAAUUUUGAAAAUAUUCUACAAAAAUUUUGUGUUUUCACAUGAAGUUUAAAAUGUAGACAACAUAAUAUUAUUAUGUACAAGUAUAGUUAUAUUUAAAAAGAAAC